CGAAGAACAAGAUCAGUUUUAAAUUUGAAAGAAUUGAUUCGUUGAUCUGUUUCAUGUGAAUACAAAAGUUUAGUUUCCUCGCGCAAUAUAGAGUUUAAUCCGAUAAGAUGAAGUCGGCACGCGGAAACAAUAUGCAACCGAAAGUUGUUAGAAACUUUUCAAAUUCGUCGGCGGACAGAACGCCAGUGCAAGUGUUCUGCAGGGUCCGCCCAAUGCAGUCGGAAAAAGAUUUAACAUGCAUUGAAAUCAAAUCGUCGACAACUGUGGCCUUCAAGCCGCCUCCCAUGUCAGUUGGGUACAGACUCAAUGUGAACAAGGAGACGCACUACGUAUUCAAACACGUAUUCCCCGGGAACUCGACCCAGCGGGAGGUGUUUACGACAGUUGCUGAACCGUUGGUGGAGGACUUAAUUCGGGGAAAGGAUGGGCUGUUGUUCACAUACGGUGUGACUGGCAGCGGGAAGACAUUCACUAUGACCGGGAACACGAAAGACCGCGGGAUUAUGCCGCGAUGUCUGGAUGCAUUGUUCAAAACGAUCUCCGGAUAUCAAUCGAAAAAGUUCGUCUUCAAGCCGGAUCGACUGAAUGGGUUUGAGGUGCAGAGCGAGGCAGAUGCUAUGCUGGAGCGGCAACACGAAAUGAACUCUCGGUUCACGAAGCCGAGGCGCCAGGAUUCAGAUCCCGAGAUCGCGUCUCAGGCGUCCAACAAUACAAAGAUUUUAGAUGGGGUGGACGAGGACAAUAUGUAUGCGGUUUUCAUAACUUACAUCGAAAUUUACAAUAACAGCGUCUAUGAUCUUUUGGAGGAAGGAUCAAUACAGAGAACGCUACAGAGUAAAAUCAUUCGGGAAGACUCGGUUCGAAAUAUGUACGUUCAUGGCGUUACGGAAAUCGAAGUUAAAUCCUUCGAAGAAGCCAUCGAAGUAUUCCAAACGGGACAGAAGAGGAAACGUAUGGGACAUACCAUACUAAAUGCCGAAUCAAGUAGAAGUCACUCAGUUUUCACUAUUCGUUUGGUGCAAGCGCCAACCGACAUGAAUGGCGAAAAUGUACUGCAAGGUCGCAAUAUGAUCAACGUCAGCCAACUUUCACUGGUGGAUUUGGCGGGCAGUGAACGAACAAACAGGACAAAGAACAGUGGCCAGCGGCUACGUGAAGCUGGCAAUAUAAAUAAUUCUCUUAUGACAUUAAGGUCGUGUCUGGAGUAUUUGAGAGAAAAUCAAUUGACGGGCGUUAAGCGAAAAGUACCGUACCGAGAUUCGAAAAUAACACAUUUAUUCAAAAAGUACUUCGAGGGUGAAGGACAAGUUAACAUGAUUGUGUGUGUUAAUCCGCGGGCGGAGGAUUGUGACGAGACUGUCUGCGUACUUAAAUUCGCUGAAAUGAGUCAAGAAGUCCAAACCACCAAGUCUACUCCAGCUAAAUUUGAUUCUGGUUUGACUCCGGGACGAAGAAAGGCGAACAAGAUAUUUAAGGUGAUCGAAAAUGAUUUGGAUACUCCACGAAUCCGGAAAAUAGAUCUCAAUUUGAAUUCGGGGCUCAUAUAUAGUUUGGGGUCCAAGUUUCCAGAGUAUUCUCUCAACAUACAAGACGGCGAAAACUUAUUUUUGGAAUUAAUGCAACAUCUGCGACAGAGAAUUGAUAAGCGCGCGGUAUUAGUAAAAGAUUUCAAUGCCAGAUGUGAAGAUUUCCGUAAUCGUUUACUUCAUGUUGAAAAAGAAAACAUAAGUUUGAAAACGGAACUGUCGUCAUCGAAUGCCAUGCUAAAUCAAGAAAGAGGUCAGCUGAAUGCUAUUAAAAGUAAAGCCAUAGUUUAUGAGAAUUCCUUGGACGAGUUGAAUAGAAAAAUGCAUGAGCGAGAGGAACUAAUCAAAAGUCUCCAGAAGCAAUUAAAUCAAAAGCAAUGUCUAUUGAACCAGAAGGAAAUCGAGAGAGAAAGACAAAAGAAAAAGUACACGACGAAAAUAGCAAUGGAAACUGACAAAAUGCAUCGAAAACUUGAGAGCAAAUUGCGAGAACAAGAAAACAAACAGUUGGAAGCAAUGCGGAUGAAGGAUGAGAAACUGCGUCUUGUUUCCAACAUAUUGAACGCGGAUAAUCUUGAUGGCCUCCCGCAGAUCGGACGUUCAGCCAGUUUUGAAAAUCUUACUACCCCCAAAACGGCGACAGCAGUCGAAUCUACUAACCAAGUGCUUUACACACCUAGAGUGCAUAGAGUGAGUUUUAUAAUAUUAGAUUUGCCAAAACACCAAUGGUUAAUUUCCUCGUCUUGUUACCAUUUUCAGGGCGUCCCAGUAGCCAAUGCUCGCCAUAGACGCUCCAGAUCUGCAGGUGACAAAUGGCUAGAACAUCGAGCAAAAAAUCCAGUGCCUUUAGAUACUAUUCUACAGCCAUAUCUUAAAAAUAGGAAAUCCGUAACGAAACUUACAGAUGUCAAAGACGUUGCUAAUCAGAAAACCUCCAAGUAUUGUCUAAUUUCACAAGAAGCCGACACCGACGGAGAACUAGAGACAAAAUUGUAUAAGGGAAAUGUGAUACCAACGUGCGGUGGCGGAGCGCAAGUAAUUUUUAAUGAUGUGGAAUGCCUCAAGCAAGUUUCCCCGAACACAUCGCCCAACCGAAAACGUCCAAGUGCCACUAUUGCACCAUCGGACGUUCCAAUGCAGGAUGUUGCGUCGAAAUGUACCGUUUCUAUUGAAGGACACUCUUCGAAACGACCAAAAGUGUAAUUUAUUGUGCUUUCAUAUCUUUAAUAUAUUUUUUGUUUUGUCUUAUACUAUCUAUUUCAUAAAUAUCGAUUAAAGUGCGGAAUUAAAUUAUUUUCCAAAAAAUUUGUUUUCGUAAAGUGUUGCAUUAUUGAAUGGAAAUUCUGUGCCAGUUUGCCGUAGGUUCCAAUUGGUUGAAAGUGAAUAAUGUUUGAUGAUAUUCCUGGUUUGUUAGAAACACAG